GAUUGCUUAGCUGUGAGGGGAAGUGUGGAGGGCAGAUAGCAAGAAAGAUACAUUUCUAAAGUAACAAACUAUCAAUAUUAACUGUAAUGAUUGUACCAAAAAAUGGACUUUAAUCUGCAGAAUCAGUAAAAGUCAGUGACCUGUGGUUCAGCAAUUGGUUAAAGUUUCAACAUAUUAACUGGUCUCUGAAAGCACUGGUUUGGGGAAUUCAUAAUCACAAGCCAUUCUCCAGUUGAUCACCAUGGAUCUAAAUGCUGUGAACUCAAUGAACUACGAGGAGUUUGUGGAUAUUUUUGGCAACGUUGUGGAAAAAUGUCCUCUAAUCACAGGAGCGAUUUGGUCCAAAUUUCCAUUUUCAAGUGUUGCUGAUCUGGAAGCAAGUGUUUAUGAAUUUAUAGAUUCCCUGCCAUCAUCUGGAAAGGAAGGGAUUCUUCGAUGUCACCCUGACUUGGCCGGCAGAGAGUUGAUGAGUGGAACUUUGACCACAGAGUCUUUGAAUGAACAGAAUCAAGCGGGCCUCACUUCCCUUAGCCAAACAGAAAGAGAGGCCCUGAAUGUUCUAAACUCUCAGUACAAAACGAAGUUUGGCUUUCCCUUCGUCAUAUGUGCUAAAAUGUCUGAUAAAAGUGUAAUAAUAGAAGAACUGAGGUCUCGACUCCAAAACAAUAGAGAUGAGGAACUUGGGAUUGGCAUUGCAGAGGUUAAGAAGAUUUGUCAUCUCAGAUUGCAAGACAUAUUCCUAAAAGUUAUACCCACAAAACUGUGACUAAAUUGAGCUGUAAUGUUACAUUAUGUGCAUUUACUGUUACUAUUGCGUUUAAUUAUCAUUGUUUGACUUAAGCAGCUGAAAUAAAUGUGUGUGUUGGUAAAUAACGAAAA